AUGGGUCUUACUUAUGUGUUGGAUUCCAUUGCAGAAUGGAUUUGCCCACAGGGAAAACUCAAGAAACCACCUGAAAAUAGAGGGGGUGGGAAGGAACUGCAACAAGCACUUUUGGAAAAUAAUUGCAUAGUUGCAGAUUUUGGGGUAGCUGGCCAACUUACAGAUACCAUGGCAAAAAGAAACACAGUGAUAGGAACUCUGUUUUGGAUGGCACCUGAAGUAAUCCAAGAAAUUGGAUACAAUUGUCUAGCAGACAUCUGGUCUCUGGGCAUUACUGCCAUUGAAAUGGCUGAAGGAAAGCCACCGUAUGCUGAUAUUCACCCUAUGAGGGCAAUUUUCAUUAUUCCAACAAAUCCACCUCCAACCUUCCGAAAGCCAGAACUCUGGUCAGAUGAAUCCACAGACUUUGUAAAACAGUGUCUUGUGAAAUGUCCAGAAAAAAGAGCCACUGCCACACAGCUGCUCCAGAAUCCAUUUGUUAAAAGUGCCAAAGGAGUUUUCAUCCUGCAAGACCUGAUUAAUGAGGCAAUGGAUAUUAAACUGAAAAUUCAGGAAGCUCAACAGCGUGAGUUGUAUCAUGAUGAUGAAGAAAAUUCAGAAGAAAAUGAAACUGAUUAUAGGACCAUGGUGUGGGCACAGGGACAAGAAACUGGUACAAUCAGAGCUGCUUGUGGAAUGAGUGAUGGCAUCAACACCAUGAUAGAAUACGAUGACACUUUAGAGCAGCCUUUCCCAACCAGUGCUGCUUUAGAGUCUCAGCUGGGAACAAUGGUCAUAAAUGCAGAAGAUGAAGAAGAUGAAGGGACAAUGAAGAGUGGGCUCAGUUUGGGGGAAAUGGCCUUGCGGUCCACAUCAGCGAGCCUGGAGCGAAGAGAUAUGCUAUCAAGGUUGUGUUUCAUAUCCAGCCAUACCAGGGGCGUGACGACAACACAGUGCACAACAACAUGGAAUACAUCCUGGUUAGCCACUCCUGCUAUUGACCCUAACCAGACAUCAAAACUGAAGGUUGCUACUUGA